AUGGACCGUUUAGCGUCGCUUCCCAUUGAUGGGCCAAUUUUUUACUCCGCCUUCCCCACGAAGACUGUCAUCUUCUUGGUCGUUGUUGUUGCGGCCGCGCUCUACUUUGUCGAGAUCAAGGAGGAAGGCUGGGCAGACCAUGUACUCGCAUCAUUCUCGGGCGACCCUGGUGCUACGCCUCUUCACUUUUACAAGGACCGUGACGAGGUGGACCAUUGGGUUCAGUACCAUAUUCCGGAUCCAAGUGCCCCAUUGAAGGAUCCAGAGGUGAUGAAACAGAUCAGCGAGCAGUUUUCCAAGAUCGCGUUCGGGUGGGAAAUCGAACCUGAAGAGUCGCUUGAAUUCGAAAUACCAGAAGAUUACAACGCCAUCGGUACCGCCCCUGGGCCAGGCUCGAAACCCUGGAACUAUUGGUCGAUUUUCGAUGGUCAUGCCGGUCGCCAUACAGCAUACUAUCUCCAAUGGACGCUUCACCCGAGCCUCUCCCGCGCCCUAUCCAACUUGUCCCCAGAAGCUACCUCCUCUGUCAUUCAUUCCACAAUCAAGGACGUCUUCACCAACCUUGAUAACGAGAUCAUGACACGCGCAAAACAUGCCGCAAACUGGUUCCCCACUGCCAACGCAGCCGCUGUUUCCGCACUUACGCCCGCUUUCAGCGGUAGUUGCGCGCUCCUCGCUGCCUUUGAUCCCGAGCAGAGCAAGCUGCGCGUCGCCUGCGUCGGAGAUUCUCGUGCUGUCCUGGGUCGUUGGGAUUCAUCGGAGAGGAAGUACGUGGCGCAACCUCUAUCUGUCGACCAAACGGGCUUCAACGAGAUCGAAGUCUCCCGCAUCAAGGAGGCUCAUCCGGAUGAAGACGACAUUCUUGAUCCGAAGUCUGGGCGGCUGUUGGGUCUCGCUGUCACGCGGGCUUUUGGCGAUCACCGCUGGAAAUGGGACAACACUCUCAUCACGCAGCUGCAAUCAAGAUUCUGGGGAACGGCGCCGCGACCGCAGUCGAAAACGCCCCCUUACCUGACGGCCGAGCCCGAGAUUACGGAGACAAAUAUUGUACGUGCGGAUCCGAAAGACAAAUCAGCCAGGAGCGACUUUAUGAUCAUGGCCAGCGACGGACUAUGGGAUCAUAUCAGUAGUGAGCACGCGGUCGAAUGCGUGGAGCGCUGGCUCGAAGCCAAAGAGCGCGGCAACGGCAAGGUCUCUCGGGAUCCAACCAUCCAGCAGCCCAUCUUCAACAACAGCUUUAAUGCCGACGAAGGUGUAGAAUACGAUGCUGAGUCUGGUCAACAGGUUAACUGGAAGGCCGAGCCCCAGUACUUCGCUAUUGAAGAUGAUAACGCAGCUGUGUGUCUCGCGCGCAAUGCAAUGGGCGGUACGCGACGCGGGCUUUUUCUUGGCUUGCUUAGCAUCCCCGGCCCGCUCUGUCGCCACGCAGUCGACGACACAACAGUCAUGGUGGUCUUCUUCGACCGCAUAAGCGGCGAAGGGAAGAAGAAGCCCGCAGGCGAGAAGAAGAAAAGCUUCUGGUGGCCUUGGUGA